CGACGUGCCAUGGUGACAGAACAAUAGACGUCCCGAAAAAAGACGGUUUGACGCGACUCUCGAGUUUUUUGUUGAAAUAAUUGAAUAUUGGUAAAAAUAAAUGAUGUUCUCGGAUGAAGAAAUAAAAGAAAUACCAGAUAACAGUUACCUACGACCGGGGGACGAGAUAAUAAGCAUUCGUGAAGUUUGUUUAGUUGAUAAAUAUGACAAAAAGGACUUGGUGUUUAGCAGCGAGUCGCUAUUAUCGAGCUCCGGGCGGAAUGAUCUGAGCCAGUCGCAAGAGGCGGACACCUCGAGCUCAGUGUUCCACUCGACGUCCAGGAACGGGCUGACCUUCAGCAGGAAGCCGUAUGUCGAACCAUCGCUCGUGUCCUCCACUUCCAACGAUCGCGCAAAAACCGGUUCGGGCACAUGCAAAGUGGACAAGGCAGACCCUCGCUCUCGCUUCCACUACGUGAAGUACGUCAAGCGACACGGGCGCACAGUCAAGCUAUGGGAGUGCGGGAUAUGCAGCCGAGAGUUCCAACACCAGUACACGUUGAUGCGCCACCUACCCACGCACACUGACGAGCGCAACUUCCACUGCGACGCGUGCGGCAAGAGCUUCCGCCAGCUGUCUACCCUCAGCCAGCAUAGAGCCAUACACUCUGCUGAGAGGCCUUACGCUUGCGAGGUCUGUACAUAA